CCAGUCGACAGAUAAGAUACGUUUCCCUCAUAUAAAACGGAACCCCUCUGCCAAUAGCGGCAUAGCCUCACUCGUGAACCAGAGUACCAAACAGUCGUAGAGAUGGCGAAGUCCCUGAGCGUCCUCGUCUUCGGGGUGGCCGUGCUGUCGCAGCUCAGCUCAGCCGCCGUGGUCGACCAGCACAAGCUUGCCGCCGUGCAGAAGAAGUACGCCCACCUGCAGGUGGAGAUCGACGAGUGGCACCGCCUGGGUCACCCCAGCACGCUGCACUUCAACGAGGGCGAUGCAGGCGCCCACAUCACCGAAAUACCCCUUCUCGGCGGCAUCCUGACGCCUGACUACACGGGCAACACCUUCUUCUACUUGUACACCAGGAACAACCCCAACGGUACCCUGGUCGGUGUAGACGGCACUUCCCCGACUGCCAAGGACUUCUUGGAAGCUGGUUUCAGCGCGGGUCGCCCCACUAAGAUCGUAACUCACGGCUUCGGCAACAACAUCGGGAGUCCCGUCUUCCAGUACCUCAUUCCAGACCUCCUCGACAACGACGACUUCAACGUGAUCGCCGUGGACUGGGGCAACCUCUGCAAAAUGCCGUUCUACAUCGAGUCCCGCAACCACGUCGGCGGAGUAGGUGCGCGGGUCGCCUUGGCCGUGGACGAGCUGGUGGCCAACGGCGGCCUCAACCUGAUCGACGUGCACUGCAUGGGCCACAGCCUGGGCGCGCACGUCUGCGCCAACACCGGCAAGAACGUGAAGAGCGGCAAGCUCCGCAGGAUCACUGGAAUGGACCCCGCCAUGCCGCUGUUCCUCGUCCUCAGGGACGAUCGCCUCGCCAAGACGGACGCCGAGCUCGUGGACGUGAUCCACUCGUGCUCCGGCCUGCUCGGCAUCGUGGACGCCAUCGGCCACGUCGACUUCUACCCCAACGGCGGCACGCGGCCCCAGCCCGGCUGCGGCCUCGACCUGACCGGCUCCUGCAGCCACUCACGCUCCUUCAUCUACAUGGCCGAGUCCGCGCUCGAGCCCGAGUCCUUCCCCGCGCACGAGUGCGAAUCGGACACGGCCGCCCGGCUGGGCGAGUGCUCCGAGGACGUCGAGGGCAACAUGGGCCUGCGCCUCCAGUACAACCCCGACGGCCCGGGCACCUACUACCUGCAGACAGCCAGCUCCCCGCCGUACGACUUCCAGGCUCACAUGCGUUCGGAAGAGGCCAGGAAGAACAACUAGUUGAGCAACUUAAGACAAGCCCCCACCACACCUCAGACGCUGGUUCAUCUGAGGUUUACACUACUUAACUCUCUUCAAGUUACCACAGAAUCGACGGCUCUAGGACUGAUGUGAUUGUGAUACGUACAACGUACACUCCGAACUGUACAUAGCUUAGAGAAAUGUUAGCUAUUUUGUAUUUUUUGUACCGCAUACCCAACCUUAGUUUUAAAUUCUCAUUCUGAUAGUUGUGAUAAACUUUCUCAUGAGGCCCCUGUUGCAUGCAUUGAAAGAAAAUAAAGUCUAUGGACGUA